AUGCCGCGCCGCCAACCCCCUCCCCAAGUCGGACCGCCCUCCCCCCCACCCCCGAGACAAUUUAAGCCGCCGCCCCCGACCCCUCUGCCCUCGUCCCACCCCGUCGCCGCAACCAACAUCGCCGCAGCCGACGCCCGCUCUGCCCCGUCGCGUCGCGCCGCCGCCGCAGAGCGCCGCCUCCUCGCCGCAGCCUCCCCGUCGUCCGCCGCUGUUGACCCCGCCGACCCACCGGUUUUCUUCGGUAAACCGGAGAGGCGAUAUAGAAGCAGAAGCACAAGAGCACAGAGGUCCUGUCACGCCGCCGAAGCAGCAGAGAGGUCCUGCCGCGUCAUUGAAGCAGUAGACUGGUCCGGCCGCGCCACAGAUGCAGCACAGAUGUCCCGCCGCGCCGCAGAUGCAGCAGAGUGGUCCUCCCGCGUCAUGAUAGCCUGGGAAGAUCUCUCGCAGGGAGGACAAGGCGAAGCUACCAAGCGUGACCUGCUGAGGGCGAAGACCGCUGGAAGGGCAAAGCAGCACGAGGAGACCACUGCCUUGUUGAAGAAGACGGGCAUCAUUGUCAACAAACUUAUGGACGAGAAUGCCAUGCUCCGCAGUGAGCGUGAAAUGCUGGUGGAGGAAUCUGUGGAUGCUGCCAAGCAACGUAUUGAGGACAUGAAAGAGAUCAUCAUUGCUCGCUGCGAGAACUAG